AUGCGCAAACCAGAUUCCAGCCAGGAGCAGGGUCAUUCUUCUGCGCCGAUGAGCAACAAGGAGGUGGCAAACUGGGACGUCGAAGCACAGUCUCUUGCAAGCCAGACCACAGCCAAUGCAGAGGAGCUUGAGACCCUUCCACCAACUAACAUCAGUGCUUCUUGUUGCCCUCCAACCUUCCCCGAAUCCGUUUAUGCCACUGGGUUAAACGCCUCAACAUCCAUCACCACGCCUCUGGAGAUCGAGUGUGAGUUGCCACGACAGAAGCAUGUUCCGGUACUUCGGUCACUAAGAUGGACAUUGUUGAACAUAUACCAUCGACUGUGUCUUCUGGUGCUGGUACCCAACCUUAUCUUCAUCGUCACAUCAGCAGCACAACACAAUCUGUUCAAUAUACCGCUGCCAGACAUGGCUACCGCAGUGGCUGCCAAUAUAACUCUUGCAGUCCUAAUGCGACAAGAACUGGUUAUCAACCUGCUGUUUGCUUUGGCAGCCAAAUGUCCUCGCAGAGCGCCACUACGAAUCCGAAGAGUCCUGGCCAAGAUCUACCAUAUGGGCGGAGUGCACAGCGGAGCAGGAAUUGCUGCUACGGUAUGGUUCACCUUCUUCAACGCAGCGCUUCUUUGGCGUUGGCGAACCAAUUCUAUCCCUGGUCUGUCGACGAAGCAAUUUCCUCUGCUUGUUGCGUUUACAAUAGUCAUCGAUGUGUUCCUCAUCUGCAUUGUCGUCUUCGCCCACCCUAGUCUAAGGCGACGAAGUCACAACACCUUCGAAUUUGUCCAUCGGUUUGCAGGAUGGUUGACGGUGUUCCUCUUCUGGGUCGACCUCUUCGUGCUUACGGACGUGCUCGAAAUGGCAAGAGAACCUCCUCGGCCGCUCGGAGCAGCUCUACUUCAGAGCCCGGCCCUCUAUCUACUCAUCAUCGUCACGGUCUCUCUGAUUCUCCCAUGGCUUCGCUUGCGCAAAGUCCCUAUCCGCGUCGAACAUCUUUCCAACCACGCAUCGAGAUGGCAUUUCCAACACACGAACGUGGAACUAUGCUCAGCAUCCCGCGUCACAGACCGACCAUUGUGGGAGUGGCACUCGUUCGCAGGCAUUCCCGAGCACAACGGCACCGGCUACUCGGUCAUCGUGUCCAACGCCGGCGACUGGACCAAACGCAUGAUCCAAAACCCGCCCGCCCAACUCUGGGUCCGCGGCAUCCCCGUCCGCGGCGUGCUGCACAUCGCCACCAUCUUCCAGAAAAUCGUCGUCGUCGCCACCGGCUCCGGCAUCGGUCCGGUCCUGUCGCUGCUCACCGCGCGCGAUCUCCCCUGCCGUGUCCUCUGGUCCGCGCGAGACCCGAUCCGCACCUACGCCAAAACCAUCAUCGACGAGGUCUUCGUCGCCGAUCCCGCUGCGCUCAUCUUCGACACCAAGGCCAUGCAUCCCAGCAAUCGGCCCGACCUCCUCAGGCUGGCGUACGGUCUGUACAGAGAAUCGAACGCCGAGGCCGUCUUUGUCAUCUCGAAUCAGAAAGUCACGGAGAAGUUGGUGUAUGGCUUGGAGUCGAGGGGUGUGCCGACCUUUGCGCCGAUCUUUGAUUCUUGA